AUGCGAGAGCUUGGAGGAGGAAAUGGUGAAACACACUUUGCUGUGGAAAUCGUGUCCAGUGCUUUCGAAGGAAAGCGUUCAAUACAACGACAUAGACUUGUAUACGCCGCCCUAGACGAGGAGCUCAAGUCGGGAGUUCAUGCCUUGCAGGUGAUUGCCAGAACUCCUGAGGAGAUGGAAAAGCGGAGUACAGGAAUGGCUUGA